AUCAUGUACGGGCUAUGAAUGAUAUGAAUAAAACGAGAAAACGCUUAUGCUAAUUCUUGUUUUAGCAAAGUAAACUUAUUAAGCAUUUGCUCAAAUCGGUAUGAUGAAGCAUUUACUUUGAUCAAAGUAGGCUCGUAUUUCGAACAAAGCAUUUGCUCUGUCAAACAAACAUAUGCCACCGGUUGGUCGUGUAACUUGUUUACAUUUUUUUAGAUUUUUCCGCAUUGCGAAUUUUUUGCUUAUCCGAUUCCAGUAAUGUUAUACGAGGAGGAAUUUUUGAACAGCGAUGCUGAUGCAGAUUACGAUGAAAACGUUGUACCGAAUACCAGCACCGCUGAAUCAAAAAAACGCAAGCGUGGAAAUAAAUGUGAAGAUGAUUUUCAUUUCGUUGCAGUGCUGGAACAGAUGGGUUUUAUUUUAUUGGAGAAAUCUCAGUCGCCUGUAGUAAAGAGCCAAAAAGCCACAGCAGCGCAAAAUAUGUGCAACGAAAUGAUGAUCAGAUACGGAAUAUCGAUGACUAAAGAUUUUAAGAUAGACAACAUGAAAGCCAGAUUGAAAAGCAAAACUGAUUUAAAACAAACAGGUAACCGGAAAAUGGUAUUGAAUGCUGCUGAGAAAAAGUUGUUCGAGCUUUUAGGGGGCGUCGACAAUCCGAGUGUAACAGCACGGAAUUAUGGCUUGUCAAUCGGGAAAACAAGAAACGACCCAACAUCUGUUCUAGAAAGUUUGAACUUACACAGCUUAAUGUCGGAUGAGGCUUUGCACCCCAGAGAAGAGGGCGAUCUAAAUGUUGUUGAUCAGCAAGAUGUUGAUAUCGUUUCCACAGUUUCGUCGUAUCCCGACAUAUCGCGAACUGUAAACGUGGUAUUUAUUUUCAACACCUAA